AUGGGAUCAAAAAGAAGUGUACCUCCCAGACACCAUUCUCUCAGCUACGAUGAAAUCAUGUUUGCCGCUCUCUUCGCUGUAUUGGUGGUGGUCUGUACUGGAUUAAUGGUGGUGUCCUGGCUGGCAAUCAAAGAAUCAGAAAGCGAUUCAGUCCUUGAAACAAGUCAUGAAGCCAGAGGGACAUUUAAAAUAACAUCCGGAGCUACAUAUAAUCCUAAUUUGCAAGACAAACUCUCAGAGGAUUUCAAAAUUCUUGCUUUUGACCUUCAGCAAAUGAUAGAUGAGAUCUUCCAAUCAAGCAAUCUGAAGAGUGAAUAUAAAAACUCAAAAGUUUUACAAUUUGAAAAUGGCAGCGUUAUAGUCAUAUUUGAACUUUUCUUUGCCCAGUGGGUAUCAAAUGAAAAUGUGAAAGAGGAACUGAUUCAAGGCAUUGAAGCAAAUAAAUCCAGCCAACUGGUCACUUUCCAUAUUGAUUUGAACAGCAUUGAUAUCACAGCAUCUUCAGAGAAUUUCCCCACAGUUAGCUCUGCAACAACUUCAGACAAACUAACGACCAGCAGGCCUUUGACGACUCCAGGAAAUGACUCUGUAGAAUGUCUGCCUGGUUCAAUGCCUUGUGCUGAUGCUCUAAACUGCAUAGCAGUUGAUUUAUUUUGUGAUGGAGAGUUAAACUGCCCAGAUGGUUCAGAUGAAGACAAUAAAACUUGUGCCACAGCUUGUGAUGGAAGAUUUUUGUUGACUGAAUCUUCUGGGUCUUUCCAGGCUGCCUAUUAUCCAAAGCUUUCUACAUCAAGUGUUGUCUGCCGGUGGAUCAUACGUGUGAACAAUGGACUUUCUAUUAAACUGAGCUUCGAUUCCUUUAACACAUAUUAUACAGAUGUCUUAAAUAUUUAUGAAGGUGUAGGAUCAAACAAGAUUUUAAGAGCUUCUCUUUGUGAAACUAAUCCUGGCACAAUUAGGAUUUUUUCCAACCAAGUUACUGCCACCUUUCUUAUAGAAUCAGAUGAAAAUGAUUAUAUUGGAUUUAAUGCAACAUAUACUGCAUUUAACAGCAGUGAGCUCAAUAAUUAUGAGAAAAUCAACUGUAAUUUUGAGGAUGGCUUUUGUUUCUGGGUCCAGGAUCUAAAUGAUGAUAACGAAUGGGAAAGAGUUCAGGGAAGCACCUAUCCCCCUUUUACUGGACCAGAUGUCGACCACACUUUUGGCAAUGCUUCAGGAUUUUACAUUUCUACGCCAACUGGACCAGGAGGGAGAAAAGAAAGAGUAGGACUUUUAAGCUUACCUUUAGAUCCCACUGUGGAACCAGUCUGCCUUAGUUUCUG